AUGGCCAGAAGCCGCGGCGGCAUGGUGUCCCGAGCCGGCGAGGCGGCGGCGGCGUUCUUGCUGUUGCUUGUUGGAGUCGGAGUUGGAAGUGCCCAGCUCCAGGUGGGCUUCUACUCCGACUCCUGCCCGGACGCCGAGGACACGGUCACCGCCGCCGUCCAGGACGCCGCCGCCAACGACCCCACCAUCCUCCCCGCGCUGCUCCGCCUCCAGUUCCACGACUGCUUCGUCAAGACGGGCGGCCCGUCGUUCGACGUGCCCACGGGGCGGCGCGACGGGCUAACCUCCAACCUCCGCGACGCCGACGUGCUUCCCGACGCUGGGGACUCCAUCAGCGUGCUCCGCUCACGGUUCGCCGCGAGCGGCCUCGACGACCGCGACCUCGUCCUCCUCACAGGGAAAACGUCUUCAAGAUUACCUAAAGCCAUUGCUUUAAGAAUCCAAGCCAAGAAUGCUUUCAAACAGGGACUGUUCGGUGACUUUGUCACAUAA